AAAAAAAACUUAUAAAAAAGAGCUCACCAUUUCACCAUGAAAGAGAUCUCUCUGAUUCCUUAGCUUAAAGCAACUAAAAUAAGAAAAGUCAUUUCUCUCUUUCUCUCUUGAAGACUAUCUCUCUCUAGUUCUUCAAUUUCCAGUGCAACAUCAAGACCGGAAGUUAUAAUUAGAUCUGAUCAAAGAAACAUGGGAAGUAGUUUCUUUGGUAGACCAAACAUGAGAGGAUCUUCGCCGUCAUCAUCAUCUCCGACGUCGUCUUCUUCAUCUCCGGCGACGAGAAGAGGGAAGAAGAAUGGUUCCGAGAAGCCGAAGCAGCCACAGAGAGGUCUCGGAGUAGCACAACUGGAGAAGAUUAGAUUACACGGCGAGAUGACUUGCAACAUCUUCAACAAUUAUACUCCUUUGUAUCCACAGGAGGAUGUAAGGAUUCAAGGAGUAUAUUCAUCCAUACCAUCAUCAUCAUCAGCAUCAUCGACUCCUUAUGGAUUCUACCCAAACAUGAUGGUGGGUAGAGAUCAAUACGAAACCAUGAGUUGGAACCCAAGCUACGGCAUCUUAGAGAGCCAACAUUCUUUGGAACCAGGCGCCACAAGAUAUUUUGUACACGAGGAUCCAAGUUCAACAAGGCGAAGUAAAUCGUUGGGAUCGGGAAACCAGAACUCGGGAUCGAGUGACAAUCAAGAGCUAGAUUUGGAGUUGAGAUUGUCACUUUGAUGAUUACUUUGUAAUAGUUUUAUCUUCAUAAGAUCGAAAAGAAAUGGUGCAUGGUGAUUAUAUAGACCGUUUCUGUAGAAAAAGGUUUAAAGAAUGGGAACAUAUUUUCAAAAAUUUAUGACAUCUUAUUUGUUUUUAGUUUUCUACUUCUUCAUGAACAUGCCUAAAAGACUAUUAUAAGCAAGG